AUGAAAAUAUUUUCCAAGCAUUAUCAAAGUGAAAUUGAAAAACAAGGCACCAGUUCAUUUGUGGGAAGUGAAUCCAAAACUUUCGAAACUGAUGGAAGAACGUAUGAGGAAGAUAAUAGUGACCUAGAUGAAGAAUACUAUUCAGAUUAUUCUUAUGAUAUUCCUCCCCAUCAAAAUGUUGUUGUGGAACAAUGGAAUACUAAAAUUUACGAUAAUCUUGGAGUCACUGACUUUAGUGACGAUGAAUACGAGGAGGGAUUAGAUUUCAAGCAAUUAGGCCACAUUUUUAAAAACUUGGAAAAUGAAGCAAAUAAUCCCCUCAAAAGAAAGAGAUUUGAUCCAUUGACAUUCGAAGAUUAUUCACAAAAUUUCAUUGAAAAUAGAUUGAAAAAUACGAUUGCAUCUUUUGAAUCCAAUACAUGGGAUUACGACCUCAAGCAGGAGUUUGAAGGAGAGUUGACAGAAAAUAUUCCAGCCAUUAAAAUUCUUGCAAGAGAAGGUGUUAAAAAGAGAAAAUUGGAAAAUCAGUCAACUGAGCCAUCUGAAAAUGAUUUGGCAGACAACGACAUUUUAACAACCAGAUAUGAUUCAUGUAUUAUGGAAAAGAAGCCUGUGAACCGAACAAUAGAUGAAGCUUCAAGUGAUUACUUUCUUUAUGAUUCAUUUCAAUUGCCAAAUGCCAAAAUGUUACUUCAACAAGCUGCUGAGAAUUUCUCUUCACAACUUUUCAAAUAUUCUAAUUCUUACGCUCAACUUUGCCGUGGAACGUGUGCAACAGAAGAGGGUGAUUUAAUUAGAACACGAAGUGUUUUAUUUUCAACUUUAUUAUUUAGACAUGAAUUACAAUGGAUUAAUUUGAAUUUCAGAGCACAAUUCGAAUCUAUUUUGCAAGAAUAUGUUGAUACAACUCGAUUACAGAACGAGGUCUUGGAAUCAAUUAAUAGAUUUGAGUAUAUUGAAACAAAUGAAGAUGAGGAUGAUGAAUUUAUUGAUAACAUUUCUUCAUGCUCAUCUGACAGUAUGGUUUCGAAUGCUUGCCAACUUAAAAUGAUUCUGAAAUCAAAUGAGGAAACAAUUUUCGCCGAUAAUACCUGCAUCUCUUGCAAGACCCUUGCCGAUUACAAAGAAAUGAAUCCUGAAUUGAUUUGCACAACUGGAGAUGGUUUUCCAACCAUUAUAGAAUCACACCAAUCUUACGAUUAUGAAAUUAAAUUCACAGAGAGCAGAGAAGAAGCAAUUCAUUGGAUGAAUGGCAAGUUAUUCAAUUAA